CUUUACUUUUGUUUCUUGGUAAAAGUUAUUGCAUCAUAUGUCAUUGCCAACAAUAUGAAAUAAGUAGCAAUAAGUUUCAGAUUCGUAGUUUCAGUUCAGUAUUAUAAAUUUUAUUACUUUGAAUUGUACACCCUUAUUAGCUUCAAUAGUUCUGUUUUGAAAGAUGUGUAUGUUCGGUGUUUCCUCAAUAUUAUUCUGUAGUUUAAGAAGUACUUCCCUAUAUGAAUUUUUCUGUUUAUCUAUUUUAAUCUAAUGUGAUCACCUUUUAUUGUACAAGAAUGGCCUGUGAAGGAUGUAGUAUCAAAUUUACGAUACUGAAACGAAAGAGAAAGUGUGAAGAUUGUGGUUAUAUUUUCUGCUCAGACUGUGUAACGCCUAAAAACAAGCUCUAUCAAUGUUACAGAUGUAAAAUUUUGACGUGUGUGCCUUUAAAUUGUGAUGAUGUAGCAAGUUUAAAACUGAAAGACUUACAAUGGUUCCUUGAGACCAAAGAUAUUAAUGUGCCUUGUGGUGAUCUCAGAGAGAAAUCAGUUUUAGUUGAAGUUAUCAUGGCCUAUUCCCGCCAAGCUCAAUCCUCUAGCUCUACAAAUGUUCUGUAUCCAUCAUUACUUCCCACAGAGGAUCUCCUGUAUCCAUCAUUAAAUCCCACAGAGGGUCAUAUGGGUGGUCUAUUUGGAAAUGAGCCAAAUUCUUCUACCUCCAGGGAAUUUCACAUGACAGCUAAUAAUCAAAGUCCUUCUGCUGAGAAGAUAAACAACGGAGAAGAAAAAUCUAAUAAAUGUUGUAAAAAUAAACAUCAGAUUAUUGACUUAGAAUGUGUUGACAGUGUUGAAAAAAUUUUUGAACUUUCAACAAUGGAAUUAAAGCUUUUAUUAACAAGAAACUUUAUUUCAUUCCGAGGCUGCUGUGAAAAAUCCGAAUUGCAGGAAAAAGUGUGUUGGCUUUGGAAAUUAAAAGAAGCAGCUAAAUCUAAAGAUAUUGUUCCUGAUGAGAAUUUGUGUAAAAUCUGCAUGGAAUCUACGAUUGACUCUUUGUUUCUUGAUUGUGGUCAUAUGGUGACUUGUACACAGUGUGGCAAACUUUUGCAUGAUUGUCCAAUUUGCCGUCAAAUUAUUGUACGUGUUGUACGUGCAUUUAAAUCAUAGAUCAUGUUCAAAUAGUUAUUCAGACACACCAAAGAAUAUUGUGAUUAACUAUUUAAAUUAUGUGAUUUGAUGAUUAUUCAAAUGUUAUUCUAUUUGUAAAUAGUUGUUAAGAUUUUGUACUUGAAAUAAACUUUUGAAUUUGAGGUUUUAAA